CUUUAUAUUUAUUAAUCACAGAAUUUAGGUAAUUAUUGCACGACUCGGUGUUUUGUUUGUAAUAUGUAGACCGAGUCUGUAAAUUUCGGCUCGCGCUCUACCGGAUCGAGCAUUUUCGAAAUAAGAGCCCUUUGUUUUGCAUGUCAAAAUUAUAAACAUCCCCCUCUGUAUGCAUUCAGAGAGCAAUGCAUUAAGUCAUUUUUAGUGCAUAUUUACGCCUAGAAUUAUUAGGUGCUGUAUUAUAUUUAGAGUGGCCUUUAACGAUGAUAGUUUGUCAGCAAACUCGUUAUUUUAGCCAACUUUGAGUAAUGGGCGGGAACUUUAAUUCUUCUCAACCUUGAUGUUGUCAGGUUUUUGGGUGUGGUUUAAACCAUUAUACAUUUACGUGCGGUUGCUCCUCUUCCACGUCAUGCCACAUAUCACUCACAGUGAGUUUCUUCUGGAGCAGCUGAAGAGACAACGUGAGAGAAGCUUUCUGUGUGACUGCACAGUAACAAUAGGACAGUCUCAAUAUCAUGCACACCACAAUGUUCUGGCAGCCUUUAGCGAGUAUUUCUCUACGCAGUCUAUUGAUGCCGGAAAGGAGAAUGCCACCAUAGCUUUGGACGCAGAGUUGGUGAGCGGGGCUGUGUUUGAAAAACUGCUGACUUACAUUUACACUGGGGACUUGAGUAUGGACAGAGAAGAAAUCGAAAAUGUUCAGAAAGCUGCAUCUUAUCUUGGGAUGCCCGAGGUUGUGGCUCGUUGUACCCUAACUCAAGAUGAUAUGAAAAUUGAUGGCUCGCCCACAAGACAAGCGGAGUACGAAGAUCCACGGUCCCCCCUGAGCCCAGACGACUAUGAACCUUUAGAGCCGAUCGCAGAGGUGGAAGAGCGGGAGAGGUUGAAGGUAAAGAAAGAAGAUAGGGUACAGGAUGAUGAAUCCCAUUCGUCCAGCGAACAGACACCGCAGAGAAGCGGCAGCAAGAGAGGGAGGAAACCCAAAACUAGGCUGUAUGAGGUUGAGAGGGAGACCAUCACUGCUCACAGAGGCAGAGGAAGAGGUCAGGGGAGACCGAGAGGUCGCCCACGAGUGAGGCCGUUGACUUCUGAUUCAACUGAACAAUCUCCAGCGCAGCAAACCAUGAGUCCAAAUAGCAGCUCAGUAGGGAGAGGAACCGGAAGACCAAGAGGUCGUCCACGGGUUAGACCACAGUCCACUGACAGAGACGAUUCUGGAAACCCUGAAGAUGAGUCUGUAGCAGCCAAGGAUCAAGAAGAGAGCUCUGCCCACAAAAGAGGACGUCCACGAAUUAGACCCCUGUCAUCUGGUGCAGAAGGAGACGCCCAGGAAACAGAGGUUGUUGAAGAAGAUUCUGUGAAUGCUAGUGAGGAAGAUGAUGGUCAGGUAAAGACUGAUGUGGAAAACCCAGACAGGGGUCCUUUAAAACGAGGAAGAGGAAGACCACGUACUAAGCCGUUAACCACUGAGAACCAAACCACAAACACUGAGAACGCAACUACAAACACAGAAGACGGUUCAGAAGCUGCAAAGACAAAAGAGAAUGAAGGGACCGGCCGUAAAAGAGGAAGGCCUCGAUCCAAACCUCUUUCUUCUGAGGCACCUGAAUCUUCAAAUCCAACAGAUAAGGUGGAGAACAGUGGAGAAGAAGCCAGUGGAGAAACAAACCAAGACUCUGAGAAGCACACUGAAGAAGGCUCUUCUCAAUGUACAGAAGAUUCAGAGUCAAAUCCUGCAAAGAAGGUCCGCACCAGCAACAGAAAGAGAAGCUUGAGUAGAAAGCUAAAAGAAAGCCAAGCUAGUGAUGAGGAAGAAGAGGAUGAAGAACUUGAGGAUGAUAAUGAGGACUGGGGCGGAGAAGAGGAAGCGAAGCCCUUGCAGGACAAACAAAGGCCUAUUUGUAAUGUCUGCGGGAACUUCUUCUCCGAGAUGAGCAGCUUGCGCAGACACAUGCGCAUACACAAGGGCCUCAAACCCUAUCAGUGCCAGCUCUGUACUCGCUCCUUCAGACAGGGCAACCAGCUGAAGACCCACAUGCGCAUUCACACAGGAGAGAAGCCCUUCAGUUGUACGUCUUGCGAGGCACGCUUUGCUCAGAAAUGUCAACUGGUCUAUCAUUGCCGAAUGCAUCACGGAGAAGAAAAGCCGCAUAAAUGUGAUUUCUGCGAAGCAGCUUUUGCCACAUCGAGCAAUCUGAAAAUUCACAUAAGGAAGCACAGUGGUGAGAAGCCGUAUGAAUGUGGAGAAUGUGGGAAGCGCUUCACACAGGCCAGUACUCUGAUGUACCACAAACGGCGACACACAGGGGAGAAACCGUACAUCUGCGACACCUGCGGCAUGGCAUUCGCUGUGUCCAGCUCUCUCAUCGCUCACAGCAGGAAACACACCGGUGUGACCCCAUAUAUAUGCUUGGAUUGCGGAAAACCUUGCUUAACCGCUGGUGAACUUCGAAAACAUAUGGACAUCCACAAUGGAUCAAGAAAAGUGAGGUGUUUCCUGUGUGGGGACAUGUUUUCAGACAUGUAUAGUUUGAAGAAGCACAGCGUUUUGGAGCAUAACGCUCUUCCAAACCAAGAGCAGGCUCCUUUGGAAACCGACCCGACGCAGUGUCCUCUCAACAUCCCCAUUGACCACCAGGGCUUGAUUGCACGCGUGCGCUCCGCCCUCGUCGAUUCCCAAGACCAUGAAAUUCAGAUGGAGUCCCCAUUGCCAAUUUUGUCCCCGGAAACCUCACUUAUUAUCCAGCAGUCAGCAGAGCCUCAGAUGAUCAUACAGCAUGCAGACUGCACAGAGCCCUCCAUGAUCUUCCAGCACGCUGAUUCGUCCGAAGCACCGGUUCUCAUCCAACACGGAGAAUCUGGCGAGCAAGUGAGCUAUGUAGUGGAACAGUACGAAAUCCCCGGAAACGCUGAGAUGGAGCACACGCAGAUUGUCAUCGUUCAAACCAUCGAUUAAAACACCAGCUUUUACUUCCAUUUUAAGUGUAUUUUCUCUAUUAAGUGAAGACAUGUCUCACAAACAUCCUUUCUAAGCUUUUGUACUCUUAGCAAAAGCUUAACAAAGCUGUUGAGUGAAUGUGUGGGGCUUCUCCUCUUGUUUUUCUUUUUUUUCUUAGUUAAAUGUCACUUUCAGAGCAGAAUCUGGAUCAUUAAAAGCAUAAAGUAUUUUCUGAAAUGAAGGGAAGGCCAACCUUAGGUUUAGCUGUAAUAUAAAGCUGUGCUUAAAAUGCAUUUUGGUUCACUGGUAUUUUGAACUAUGCGUUUGUCUUUUAGAAGUAUGACAUGUAUAUAUCUAUGAUGUUAUAUGACCCACUCUCUGAGCAGUUUCAUAUAUGAUGUGAAUUCAUUUGAAUCCUCUAACAAUCUGGCCAACUUUUAUAAUAAAUCAUCUCCCGUCUGAA